CAUGCUGGUGAUUCUGCUGAACUGCGUCACGCUCGGCAUGUUCCAGCCCUGCCAAGACCUGGAGUGCAACACUGACAGGUGCAGCAUCCUGCAGGCCUUCGAUGACUUCAUCUUUGCAUUCUUUGCUGUGGAGAUGGUGGUUAAAAUGGUGGCCUUGGGUAUAUUUGGUCCGAAAUGUUACCUUGGCGACACCUGGAACCGCCUUGACCUCUUUAUCGUCAUGGCUGGGAUGCUGGAGUAUUCUUUAGAUGGUCAUAACGUUAGUUUCUCAGCCAUCAGAAUCGUGCGGGUUCUCAGACCAUUACGAGCCAUCAACAGAGUUCCCAGUAUGCGAAUCCUGGUCACGUUGCUGUUGGAUACUUUACCGAUGCUAGGAAACGUCUUGCUGCUUUGUUUCUUCGUGUUUUUCAUCUUUGGGAUUGUUGGCGUGCAGCUGUGGGCAGGGCUUCUGCGCAACCGCUGCUUUUUUGACAACAGCGUCAGAAUGCUGUAUAAUGUUUCAGAGUCUGUGAGUGAAUACUACAGACUGGACGAAGCAGAUGACAUCCCCUUCAUUUGCUCCACCACUCGGGAGAACGGAAUGUUGCACUGCUCCAACAUCCCGAAACGCAGAGUUGGACGGGCUGAUUGUGAACUCACGGCUUAUAAUGUCACAGAUCUUAUUUUCAAAGAUCCCCCUCAUCAUGGAUGUGUAAACUGGAACUUGUAUUACAACAACUGCAGUGCAAGCGAACACAAUCCGCAUAAUGGGGCUAUCAAUUUUGACAACAUUGGAUAUGCUUGGAUUGCUAUCUUUCAGGUCAUCACGUUAGAGGGAUGGGUGGAUAUCAUGUACUAUGUCAUGGAUGCGCAUUCCUUUUACAACUUCAUCUAUUUCAUCUUUCUUAUCAUUGUAGGCUCCUUCUUCAUGAUCAACCUUUGCCUGGUCGUCAUUGCAACACAGUUCUCCGAGACCAAACAACGUGAGAACCAGCUGAUGCAGGAGCAGCGGGCACGUUUCCGCAGUAACGAGUCCACCUUAGCUAGCCUGACCGAACCAGGAUCCUGCUACGAAGAAAUGCUGAAAUACCUCGUCCAUGUUUGUCGUAAACUUUGCCGUCAUGCCGCACGCCUCUAUGGUGAAUUAUGCCACAAGAGACACAGUGGUGUGGCCAAUCCCAGCAGCUCCCUCUCAGUGGGCGGGACUAAUGACUAUCGGAGUGACAAUGGGACAAAAAUGGGUCCGACCCAAUACUGUAUGCUGCAUUAUCAUCAUCCUCUUCAGCAUCAACAUUAUAUCAGUAAUGGCAUAGAAAUGAAGACCCUUCAUCUCAAUAGAGAUGCUCAGAGUUCCAAAAAGACUCCAUCGCUUCCACUUGCACUACAGAAUUUAAAGGGUUUGAGGCUCGGUAUGAACUAUCCCACCAUCCUGCCCUCCAAACUAUACACAAACCCACAUACUCGCUCACACUCGACAGGUGGAGUCAAAGCACCAGCUUUCCAUCAUGGACUGAAUGGCAGGAAGAUUUCCAUUUGUAGUGGAUACCAUGGUACUUACAAGUUGCAGCAUGGUGUGUAUCCGUGCACAUGCUCAAGUGUGUGUGUGGACAGCAGGGCUGGGCUGGUGUCUUCAGAGUCGUCCUCCUGCCCAAUUUGUGCCCUGGAAGGCGAUGGUGUUAAUUGCACCUCCAACACUGAAUCGGACCGAGAGAAACAGGGGCCAGACGUCAGCUCAGAACAGAGCAAAAGAAACCAGGAUUUGGAAGAAAAGGGGUCUGGGCAUGAGAAUUGUGUGUGUAUGUGUGUACAUUAUGCCAGAGCCAUUUUGAGGCGGAUUGUGGACAGCAAGUACUUCAACAGAGGGAUAAUGAUAGCAAUCCUUAUCAAUACACUCAGCAUGGGAGUGGAGUACCAUGAGCAGCCGGAGGAGCUGACAGACGUGUUGGAGAUCAGUAAUAUUGUCUUCACUAGUUUGUUUGCGUUAGAGAUGCUCCUGAAGCUUUUGGCCUGCGGUCUGUUCAACUAUAUCAGCAACCUAUACAAUAUCUUUGACGGCAUCAUCGUUACAAUCAGUGUGUGUGAGAUCGUCGGACAAGCGGAUGGAGGGUUUUCGGUUUUGCGGACGUUUCGUUUGCUCAGGGUACUAAAGCUGGUGCGGUUCCUCCCAGCUCUGCGCAGGCAGCUGGUGGUACUGAUGAAGACCAUGGACAAUGUGGCUACAUUCUGCAUGCUGCUGAUGCUCUUCAUCUUCAUCUUUAGUAUAUUGGGGAUGCAUCUGUUUGGGUGUAAGUUUACUCUGCGUUUGGAGAAUGGAGACACUGUGUCAGAUAGGAAGAACUUUGACUCACUCCUCUGGGCCAUCGUCACCGUGUUCCAGAUUUUGACCCAGGAGGACUGGAAUGUGGUUCUGUAUAACGGCAUGGCCUCCACCUCCCCCUGGGCGGCUCUGUACUUUGUGGCCUUGAUGACCUUUGGGAAUUACGUCCUCUUCAAUUUACUCGUUGCCAUCUUAGUAGAGGGCUUUCAAGCUGAGGGUGAUGCUAGCAGAUCAGACACUGAUGACAUGUCGUCUGACUAUGGUGAUGAGGACAAACUGAGAGAACUACUGAAUUCAGGAUCAGAGAUGAAAAUGCAGACAUUAAUGCCCAUCUCCAAUGGACAUCUGGAACCUCGAGCAUCCAUGCCACCUCACAACACACACAUACAGCUCAACGCCACACCCAGAACUGAGGUGUCACACAUCUAUAGCCAAUCACGGCGCAACAGCAACACCUCCACCGAGCCCCAUGACCAAAGAUCCCUGUCCAGCCUUUGGGGAAGUCGCCGCUCCAGCUGGAACAGCCUUGGCCACACCCCCAGUCUAAUGAGACGUGCUCAGUCAGGGGAGCGUGAGUCGUUGCUUUCAGGAGCGGGACAGGGCAGCAUGGAUGACAGCCAAUCAGAAGAUGGGAAAUCCAGGACUGGCAGUCUGGGCGGAGUUUCAUGUCUAGGGUCAUUUGAUUUUCCAGAGCUCCUCCAGGUUCCACGCCCAUAUUUGGAGUGUAAUGGCAGAUUAGAUGGAGGGUAUCCAUCCUCUCCAAACAUUACACGUGCUGAUCCACCAUCCACACAGGGGGCGGAUGAUGAUGAAUUUGAGGAGAGCUGGUGUCUGAUUGUGAAGAGACUGUUGGAGCCGUAUAAACCCCAGUGGUGUAGAGACCAUGAGGAUUGGUCACUUUACUUAUUUUCCCCCCAAAAUAAGUUCCGAAUGCACUGUCAGAAGGUCAUCACUCAUAAGAUGUUUGAUCAUAUUGUGCUGUUCUUCAUCUUCCUUAACUGCAUCACAAUCGCUCUAGAGAGACCUGACAUCCAGGCUGACAGCAUGGAACGGAUUUUUCUUAAAGUGUCUAACUACAUCUUCACUGUGAUCUUUAUGGCUGAGAUGACUAUGAAGGUGGUUUCUUUUGGGCUGUAUGCUGGUCCAGGCUCAUACCUGAAGAGCAGCUGGAAUGUUCUAGACGGCCUGCUGGUAUUUGUGUCUAUUGUGGACAUCCUGGUCUCUCUCGCCUCCUCUGGCGGGAACAGAAUCCUGGGUAUCUUACGAGUACUUCGACUGCUCAGAACACUAAGACCCUUGAGGACGAUAUCCGCUUCAUCAUGCCUACAGCUGAUCCGAGAAACAAUAAUGUACAGUAUGUGGACAAUAAUAAAUUCAGUAUAUGUUUGGAUUUUUUUUUUGCUGUGCAGUGGCUCUCAACUGAGCAAAAUUGUGUUCAUCUCACCUUCCCCUCAACAUUGUACAGAUACUCAUGUUGACAGUGAUACAGUAAUUCUGUAAAAUAUUCUCUUAUUCACAUAAAUUAAUUUUAUCUAUGUUUUGCAGGCACUGAUGUCAUUAUUCGUCCUGUCAUCUAAAGACGGCUGGGUCAACAUCAUGUACGAUGGCUUAGAUGCUGUGGCUGUGGACCAACAGCCCAUAAGGAAUCAUAAUCCCUGGAUGCUUCUGUACUUCAUCUCCUUCCUGCUGAUCGUCAGCUUCUUCGUGCUGAACAUGUUUGUAGGUGUGGUGGUGGAGAACUUCCACAAGUGUAGACAAGACCAGGAGGAAGAGGAGGCCAGACAGAGAGAGGAGAAGAGACAGAAGCGCAUGGAAAAAAGACGCAGGAAGGCUCUGCAGAGACCGUACUAUGCAGACUACUCUCCAACACGCCUCUAUAUUCACACAUUCUGCACUAGCCAUUAUCUGGACCUCUUCAUCACCAUCAUCAUCGCCAUUAAUGUGCUCACGAUGUCAAUGGAGCACUACAGACAACCCAAGUAUCUGGAUGAAGGUCUGAAGUACUGUAAUUAUUUCUUCACACUGGUCUUUGUGAUAGAGGCUGUGCUGAAAUUGGUUGCGUUUGGCUUUAGGAGAUUUUUCAAAGAGAGGUGGAAUCAGUUAGACUUGGCAAUUGUUCUUCUCUCCAUUAUGGGCAUCACACUUGAGGAAAUUGACCUGAAUGCCUCACUACCCAUCAACCCAACCAUCAUUCGCAUAAUGAGGGUGCUGCGCAUCGCCAGAGUGUUGAAGCUGUUGAAGAUGGCCACAGGAAUGAGAGCUCUUCUGGAUACAGUAGUUCAAGCUUUACCGCAGGUUGGUAAUCUGGGUCUGCUAUUUAUGCUGCUGUUCUUCAUCUAUGCGGCGCUGGGAGUUGAACUUUUUGGCAAACUUGAAUGUACUGAGGAGAAUCCGUGUGAGGGAUUGAGCAGACAUGCUACAUUUCAGAAUUUCGGCAUGGCAUUCCUCACUCUGUUCCGUGUUUCCACUGGAGAUAACUGGAAUGGAAUCAUGAAGGAUACCCUGCGGGAAUGUAAAAAUGACAAAUGCCUGAGUUACCUGCCGCUUUUGUCGCCUCUGUACUUUGUGACCUUCGUGCUGAUAGCACAGUUUGUGCUGGUGAAUGUUGUGGUCGCUGUGCUCAUGAAACAUUUAGAGGACAGUAACAAAGAUGCCCGUGAGGAGGCCGAGAUGGAGGCAGAGUUGAAGAAAGAGCUUCAUGGCAGUCGUAGACAAAGCACCGCCUCUGUAGGCGGAGCCCCUGGGCUUGAGGUUUCAGCUGUUAAAAUGGAGACUUUCUCACAUGAACAGGGCCAAGACCCCAAUUAUGGCAAAUUCCUGACAGUUAGCAGGCCAUCUAUAUCACGGGUGCUGUCCUUACCUAAUGACAGUUACAUGCUCUAUCCUGUUAAGCCUGUAUAUAGGUCCAUUCAGGAGAGAUUCUCCAAACAGGACUCUACACUACCAGGCUCCUCUCUCUCACUCGGCACCCAGCCCUUUGAAGAUAGUGCCGUAAUGCAGGUUCCAGGAACUGCAUCUCAGACAAACCUGGCCUCCAUUCCUGGUCCCCACCCUCUAAAUCAAAGAGCAAGAUCUAGAAAUGCCUUCAGAGCCCUGCGGAGACAGCAAGCAAUAAAGAGUGACUCAACUGAUUCCACAAACACUGACUCCAGAGAAACCUUACACAUCCCGAGCAAGCCCUGCUCCAUUGAUAAUCUUCAUCUUAAUGUACCCAGCAUUCCCCUCACCGGUGGAUCUGCCCCCUGUUCGCCCCAGGCCUCACCCCCUCCUCCCCUCCGCAACCGGACAGCGAGCGUACAAACAAGCAGACCUGUGUACAGCCAGCGCAGCAUCCCCUGUCGACAGGCCGCGUACAAGACGCAAUCUAUAAAACCUCUUGAAAUAACACGCAUACAAACCAAACUACAGGAUUCGGAUGAGGUGGUCCUACUCAACAUGAACAUUACCCAAAGAAGAGCCUCUCAGCGUGUGGCACGCAGCCAUAAUUUGUCCUCUUAUGAACCCUUGCACAGUGGGGCGGCCCGCCAACCGGAUACCAGCGCUCAAAGUCUACGGAAGUACAACAGUAUGGAAAAUAAUGGCUUCCUAUCUCAACUCCACAUCCCUCGGCGUCACUCGACGCACGGGGAAGAGUUACUGCUUCAGCAGAAGCCAAUUUCACCAUCACCUGGACCUUCUCCAAUGCCCAAGAAGGAGAAAAUGAGCCCGCCGUGCAUCUCCAUCGACCCUCCUACUGAUGCAGAGUUUCUCUCGCCAGCGGUCAGUCAGGAGCAUAGCACAGUCCUAAGACGGCGGACACCGUCCUUCGAUUCCGCACUACCACGGGAGUCCAUAGAACUUCCUGAUAUGCAGGAUGAACCUCUUUUGCCAAGUCAUUUGCCCCUCCCACAAUUCUUUUUUGACCAAUCGGAUGUAUGUUCGCUGAGCAGCCUGUCAAAACUGCUUUCAGAUAGUGACCAGUCGACGCACUCCUUCCCUCCUGAGGCCCGUUCGAGGGUCAUGGGAGAUGCAGCUCAGACUCCACUCAGGAAGAAGGUAUUGGUCAGAAUGGCCAGCACUAGGGAUCCAGGAAAUGAGGAUUCGUUUGCCUAG